UCAAUAUAAUAUCAGUGGAACCAAUAGCUCAACAAGUCAGACAUUAAACGUACGCGCUAAAGAGAGGAUAUAAAAAAAUAUAUAAAAAUAUUGUACGGUUAAAAUUAUAGAAAAAAAAAUAAUUAAAUUAAAAAAAUUAUAAAUUUUAUUAAAGAAAACGGUGUUUUUUAAAACUGCAAUACACAAAUUAAAUAGAAAGUGUUUUUAAUUAAAAUAAAUUAAAACAGAAAAAUAUUAAAAUUUAUCAAAAUAAAAAUUUAUAAAUUUUUAUUAAAAACAAACAAAAGAAAAUUUAUUUCAUAGAAAUAAUAAAAAAGUGUUAAAAGUGAUUUUUAUUAACAAUUUUUGUUUAAAAAUAUAAAUAAAAAAAAAACAAAUUUAUUAAAAAAUGGCAAAUGUUGAAAACAAAACCGCUACCGGAAAUGGUAACUCAGCUUUAGUUGAAAGUAAAGACGCACAAAACCUUUUACCCCAUUUGGAAUGUUUGGAACGUAUUAUACAAUUGCCUGUGGUAGGAGCAGCCUGGGAUAAGUCUCAAGAUGUUUAUGGCAAAGUUAAAGGCAAAAAUCGUGUCUUCAAUUGGGCCCUCAAUGCUGCCGAAGAUUGUGUUUCUCGUGCCGUAACCACUGCCGCACCCAUUGUCUCCCGCUUAGAUGACAAAAUUCAAUUUGUCGAUCAAACAUUAGUCAAAGGUAUCGAUAAAUUGGAAGUCACCGCCCCCAUCAUUAAGAAUACCCCACAGGAAAUCUAUGCUCAAGCCAAAAAUAAAGUUAUCGAUGCCGUACAGCCCACCAUUAAUCGUGUGGUUAAAUUUAAGGCCGCUGGUCAACAGAAGGCAGCUUCAUUGAAAGAUUUAGCUUGGCAAAAAGCCAAUGAAGUCUUGGCCACACAAUAUGGUAGUUUGGCAGUAAAUGGUGUUGAUACAACCACUGCCUUGGCUGAACGUUUAUUGGAAUAUUAUUUCCCCAAAUCCGAGUCUGAUGAUGAAGAAGAAAAUGAUAAUAAAAAAAUUGCUGUCGUGCAAAAUGGCCAUAAUGGCAAACAUGUAGAAAAUGACAUGCCAGUUCCCGCCAGCGAGGACCCAGUUUUACACACCGUCCAGACCGUUGGUAGACUCAAGAACAAGAUUUCCCGUCGCGUCUAUAGAAAUGUCUCCCGACAGAUCCGCAAAGUCCAAAAGGGCAAUGUAAAUGACUAUUUGAGCUCCUUAAUUGCAGCCUUAAAAUUGCAUCAAUAUAUUAAUUUCAUUAAUUCCUCCAUGGGUACAAAUGUUGAACAAUCAUCAUUGACUGAUAGUUCCUCCACAUCAACAGCAGCGGUGUCUGCACCAUCAUCUUCUUCCUCGGCGGGGACCAAUAACGCAAAACCUGUCACAGCGCAAAAGUAAAUUUAUUUCAUUAUGUUUUUAUAUUUUUAUUUUUUGUUUCAUUUAUUAAUUUAACAAAACUGCUUUGUUGUUUUGUGCUAAAAAAAGAAGAAAAAACUGAAUUUAUUUAUAAAACCCCCAACAAACAAGAAUUGUUAAAAACAAAAGUUAACAAGAAAAGAAGUGGUGAUCAACAACAUCAUAUUUUAUUCAGCAAAUUUUAGUUUUACACUUUUCCUUGUAUAAUCCCUAAGAUUUUGCACAACCCAACCCUGCUUAAAAUUUAGUCGUAGUUCACAUACCACGCGCCAAUUUAUAUUUAUUAGAUGUUAAGUUAAAAAUUUAUUAAACAAAAAUACAACUGAAUUAAUUAUUGUAUCUAUACAAAGAAAUUGUGUAUUUAAAAAACAACUGUUUUAAAUUUGAAAAUUUUUAAUAAGCAAAUUUUUAUUUAGAUUUUUUUAGAGUGUAUAUAUUUAUUAAAAAACAAAAAACCCAACAAAAUUUGCUUAAAAAAUAUAAAAUCAUAUAUGUUUUAUGCAUUUUAUUCCGUGCAAAUUUCAACAUUUUGCAUUCAAUAUUUAAUUAUUUUUUUAUUGUGUAUUUUAUUAAGCUUUAAUAAUGUAGUUUUUUCUUAUUAGAAAUCAAAGCUUCAAAGUUGAACUUUAAGCUAAAACUGAAAUCUUAAGAUAACAAAAACUGUAUCAAAAUUAGUGAUGAAUAAUAAAAAUAUAUAUAUUAUUAUUAAUAUUAUUAUUGUAUAUUUAAAAUAUUUAAAUAUGAAUACUUUAUAAUCAAUUAUUAUAAAUCUAUAAUACUUCUAAGUGAAAUAAAACAAAAACAUUGAGCAAAAAAAAAUAAUAAA